AUGCCCAGUGCCACAGGCCAGAACUGGGAAAAGUACCAGAAGACGUUCGCCGAUGAUGAGGAGCCAGAGAAGAAGAUCACACCUUUAUCAGAGGAGGAUAUCCAAGUAUUACGGACGUAUGGAGCUGCUCCGUACGCAGCCGCGUUGAAGAAGCUCGAGAAGCAAAUCAAGGACAAACAGCAGAGCGUCAACGAAAAGAUUGGCGUCAAGGAAUCAGAUACAGGACUGGCCCCUCCACAUCUCUGGGAUAUUGCCGCCGACCGACAACGAAUGUCUGAAGAACAACCUCUCCAAGUUGCCCGAUGCACGAAAAUAAUACAAGAUGAGAAGGAUCCUGAAAAGAGCAAAUACGUGAUCAACGUCAAGCAGAUCGCCAAAUUCGUCGUCAACCUUGGAGAGAGAGUCAGUCCUACGGAUAUAGAGGAAGGCAUGCGGGUGGGCGUGGAUCGACAGAAAUACUCCAUCAUGCUUCCGUUACCACCAAAGAUCGACCCCAGCGUUACCAUGAUGACGGUGGAAGACAAGCCCGACGUGACAUACGGGGAUGUUGGAGGAUGCAAAGAGCAGAUUGAGAAGCUCCGAGAAGUCGUGGAAAUGCCCUUACUGUCUCCAGAACGAUUUGUCAGUCUGGGUAUAGAUCCGCCAAAGGGAGCCCUACUCUACGGCCCUCCGGGUACCGGCAAGACAUUAUGUGCUCGUGCGGUUGCCAACAGGACUGACGCUACCUUUAUCAGAGUCAUUGGCUCUGAACUGGUGCAAAAGUAUGUUGGCGAAGGUGCGCGAAUGGUUCGAGAAUUGUUCGAGAUGGCACGGACGAAAAAGGCCUGUAUCAUCUUCUUCGACGAAAUCGACGCCAUUGGUGGCGCUCGAUUCGACGACGGCGCUGGUGGAGACAAUGAAGUCCAAAGAACCAUGUUGGAGCUUAUCACCCAACUUGACGGUUUCGACUCGAGAGGAAACAUCAAAGUUAUGUUCGCUACGAACCGGCCGGCCACUCUUGAUCCCGCCUUGAUGAGACCUGGUCGUAUCGAUCGUAAGAUCGAGUUUGCCCUGCCUGAUCUCGACGGUCGUGCGAACAUUUUGAGAAUCCACGCGAAGAGCAUGUCCGUCGAGCGUGAUAUCAGAUGGGAACUAAUUGCCCGACUUACCGGUCAAGCAACGGGUGCCGAGCUGCGAAGUGUGGCGACAGAAGCCGGAAUGUUCGCCAUCCGAGCAAGAAGAAAGGUUGCCACGGAGCAAGAUUUCCUUCAAUCUGUCGAGAAAGUUAUCAAAGGCAAUUCCCGCUUCAGCUCUACGAAUGUUUACGCCCAGUACAAUUAG